AGUGAUGUUUUUCUACAUCAUUGGCUGACAACACUUUCCUUACGUAGAAAAGCAGGCAGCUGAUAAGUCUUCAGGUGGCUUGCUGUGAUCUAUUUUCUGUCAACAUGGAAGUGCCGGACUCAAAGAGAAUUUUCCUUUUGGGGAAAACUGGAUGCGGCAAAAGCAGUUUGGGAAACACCGUAUUUGGAGAGGAAGUCUUCAAGAUCAGCCAUUCGUCUGUUUCCGAACAAAGUCUGUCUCAAGUAGAAACCCGACCUGUUAAUGGCAGGAACCUCACUCUGAUUGACAGUCACAGUCUUUUUGAUACCUGUGACUCUGAAGUCAUGCUUAAAAGAGAGAUCCUGAGGUGCAUCACUGAGUGCGCUCCUGGACCUCACGCUUUCCUCAUCGUUCUUAAAGUCGAGAAAUUUACAAAGCAGGAAAAAGACGUCAUCAGAGAAAUAUGCAAACACUUCUCUGAAGAGGCUCUGAAAUUUGCUGCCGUUGUCUUCACCCAUGGAGACCAGCUCCCAGAGGGAAGGAGGAUCGAGGACUUUGUCCAACACAAUGAAGAACUGAGCGACCUGGUGAAAAACUGUGGAGGCAGGUGCCAUGUUGUAGACAAUAAAUACUGGAACCGUAAUACAGAAGAUCAGUAUAGGAACAAUAAGCUCCAAGUGGCAGAGAUACUGAGUACAAUUGAUAAGAUUAGUGAAGCAAAUGAUGGCAAGUUCUACACUAAUGAGAUGCUGCAAGCAGUGAAAAACCAAAUGGAGGUAGAGGAGGCAAAUAUGAAGCAAUCAUCGACUAACCAGUCAUCAGAGGAAACUAGAAACAAAGCUAAAAGUAGUGUGCUUGAUGAGCUAAUGUGUCAGCUAGUGGCUACUGCUACAGGUGCAGUGUUAGGAGCAUUCCUUGGUGUCACUAAGCUACUAACGGUUGGUAGAUUUGAAACUUUCAAUAUUUCGACUCAGACUUCACGUUUCCAAAGUGUUAAAGUGUUAUCUGGAGCUGCGUUAAGUGGAGGGGUGAAGGGAAGCAUUGUGGGAUACAAUGCAGCAGUAGGAGCAAAAACUGUAGGGGACGCAAUUCAGGGAGCUACGAACGCUGUUUGGGAAAACUCAAGUGCGAAGAGCAUAAAAGAGAAAAAUGAUUCAGAGUAAAAGGAAAACAGGAACAUAUUUAUUUUAUCUGCUUAAAGGGGUUGAAUUUUAACAGCUGUGUAAAAUAUCCAGACUUUAUCUUACACAAUAAUAACAUUUCUUGCUAAACUAAACUAUGUCUAUUAUAUAAAACAUAACCUGCCACAACAUGGGGAGUCAUAUAUUAAUAAUAUUUACAUUUGGAUAGUUUCUGCUUCUCUACAAACAGGUUUACAGGCAAACUGUAGUAAUAUGAACACAGUCAGCCUCUAGGGGGAGCUAAGAGACAGAGAAAGAACAAGGUGGCUGAUUUGUUUUGUUGAAAUAUAAGACAAAAUAAUAAUUUGAAAAUAAUUAACCUGUGUUGUGAGUUGGGUGAUGUAUACAUACUAUUAUUAAACAUUUUACAGUUAUGCUAUUUGAAAUGAUUGUUGAAACAUGACAAUGUGGGUUUUUUUCAUGUGAAGAAUUUUGGUAUUUUACAGUAAUUAGCUGAUGUUGUUAUUAAUUUGAUCCAAAUUUGCAGUUUAUUGUAACAGUUUUACAGUUCUUUUUAUUAGGUUUUUAAUCAGGUUUUCUCCCAAGGUUUUGUGUUCGAAAAUAAAAUGUAAACCUUAAACCAACAAUUUUUUUCUUUAAUCUGUGGCUCCUUGAAUGUUUUACUUAAUGUACAGCAUUAUACUGUAGAAGCUGAAAAGAACAAUAUAAUUUAAGAACUGAUUUCACUUAGUUAAAGAAUGUGUGACUUAUUAAGAAAAACAUGCAGUUGGGCAAUUUCGUUACUUGUUUUAUAUGUUGUCUGUUGUACCAAAUAACUUUAUUAAAGAAGAAAUAAAUAUCCCCGA